AGCCCUUCUCCUCCUGAAAAGCCCCAACUUCUUCAACCUUCGAGAUGGCGAUGGCGAUGGCGGUGGCGGUGGUGAGAGCUUUGAAGGCGGGGAGGUCCGGAAUCAGCCGCUUCUCGACGUUCUCCGCCUUAUCUCCUCCGCCACCGGCUGAAGCCCCGCCGAAUGCUGAGCCCGAUACCAACCUCUUCGUCUCAGGGCUGAGCAAGCGCACUACUUCUGAGGGUCUUAGAGAAGCCUUUGCAAAAUUUGGUGAAGUUAUUUCAGCGAAGGUUGUGACUGAUAGAGUUUCAGGUUACUCAAAGGGAUUUGGCUUUGUUCGCUAUGCUACACUAGAAGAUGCAGCAAAAGGAAUAGAGGGCAUGGAUGGCAAGUUUUUGGAUGGCUGGGUUAUUUUUGCGGAAUAUGCUCGAUCAAGACCUACAACACCACCACCACCACCACCGCCACCAUCAGAGGGACCAUCAGGCCAUCAGACUUAGAACAAUCAAACACCUACUUACUAAUUAGAUUUAAAGCUCUAUGUAAAUUCAUUGAUUGAAGGAAGCUGGAGAAGUUUUUGCUCAAUAUGCUUUUGAGACUUGUACUUUUCUUAUAGUGUGCAUAUCCAUGUUUUAUUCCAAACAUAACUUUACAAAGUCAAAACUAUAAACAAUUAUAGUGAUUUAUGAGGACAAAGCGGACAUGACUGUUAACAAAUUAUCA